UGUAAGUAAAAUUAUAAGAAAUUCUAUUUUAAAUGUUUUAGACUUGGUAUUGAUUUUUGGCAUCACCGUUUCUCAAUCUUCAAGUUUUAAACAGUGUGACAGACAAACACCAAUGCCUAUUAAUAUUAGAAUUAGCGGUUGCGGGGAAUACAUCUGUAAAUUCUAUAGUGGACAGAAUAUUUCUGUGGAAGUAGAUUUUAUUAAUAAUAAAUGGACAAGUGCUAUUAAACCAACUGUAAAAAUUGCUAUUAAUAAAAUGAAUAUAAAAUAUUCAUUACAUUCUGGGAAUAAUUGCAAUUCUUUAAAAGUCGGAAAAUGUCCUUUGAAAAUUGGAGAAUUUGUAACGUAUGCUACGAAAGUGAAUGUACCAAAAAAUAUUAUUACUCCGAUUAGACCUACUUUAAAAGUCGCACUUUGGAGAAGCAAUGGAGAAAAAAUAUUCUGUGUUAAAAAACUGGUGAUUGUUAUCUCGAUUUCCGAACUGAAGUGGUUAUUAGAAGUAGACACAAAGGAGCCUGUGACUGUCGCCUCCAAAGCAAAUCUUGAUGUUUAG